UCAUAAAGAAAGAGAAGCACACACGCACACAGGGAACCAAUACAUCUCUCUCCCUCUCUGUUCGCCGGAUAAUUACGUCACCGAUUGACGCAUUCCGUCAGCAAGUCUCCGUUGAUUGAAUCACACAAUUCUCCGGCGAGGUACGGAUCAUAGAGUAUUUAUUCACUUUUCGCUGCGUGGACACUUCUCUUAACAGGAGUUUCUUGAUUUUUCUCUAAAAAUCUAGGAUGCUUUUUGCUUUGUUUCAGAUCUGGUAAUGUCUGAUUAAGGAUAAAAAGUUUGGUUUUGUGGCGUUUUCCUUUAAUUUUGAUGGUGAAUUGCAUGUGAAUUUGAUUAAAUUUUAGGCAUUUCUUGUGAUAAUUCCACGGAAUGGAAGAGAGUGUGCGAUCAGGGGGUGUGGUGAAGAAAAAGAGCUCAUCUGGUUGUUUGAUUAUCAAAAAGAAGGGGGAUGGGAUGGGUGGGGUUGGUUCGUCUGGUUCACAGAACGAGAAGAAGAGGCCUAGGUUUAUUCUUAGCGAAUCUGGGUCGAGUGAUGAGUUGUUAGAGCCUCUUCGGAGGAAAGUAACCGAUAGGUUUCGGAAUGGCUCUGUUGAUUGCAGAAAGAAUGUAGUGGAAAAUAGAGAAUUUGGCAGGAAUGGUGAAUUCGGGAGUGAAGAGAGAAAUAUGAGUAGAUUGGAUUUAUUUGAAUUCAACGAAUAUGAUGAAUUCGAUGGCCAGAAGAUGAGGAAUGAUUAUAUGGUUGGACGUGAUGAGAAUCCAGUGGAAUUUGGAAGUGGGUCCAGUAGAAACGUAAUGGUUGAGAAGAGGAAACAUUCUUACUUUGAUGGUACAAGUAGUAUGAUGGGCGGGAGGAAUAAAGGGGUCAAUUAUAUGGCUAAGAGCAGGAUUGAGAUGCUGGAGGAUGAAGCUCAUAUGCCCAUUUCAUCUUUUAGAGAGAAGCGGGAAGCAUCGNUCAAUUAUAUGGCUAAGAGCAGGAUUGAGAUGCUGGAGGAUGAAGCUCAUAUGCCCGUUUCAUCUUUUAGAGAGAAGCAGGAAGCAUUGNGCAGGAUUGAGAUGCUGGAGGAUGAAGCUCAUAUGCCCAUUUCAUCUUUUAGAGAGAAGCGGGAAGCAUCGGAUAAGCCUAUAAGGUUGCAGGGGAAAAAUGGUGUGUUGAAGGUAAUGGUUAAUAAAAAGAAGAAGAUGGGUUUGUCUCAUAAUAGCUACGAUCAUCACAAAUUUGAGAAUAGAAACAUUUCUAGUUCCGAAGAUGCUAUUAGAAAGAAUGCUUUGGUACGAUCUUCAUUGUUUCCAGAUUCAAAACAUCAAAAAUCAGAUCCAUUGACCAAGAAAGAGAAAAGUAAGCUGAAAUUGCGGAAAUCAUCACCAACUAAGAGCAGGAAGGGCAGAGAUUUGGCAACAGAUAAUGGUGACACUCCACUGAAGCGGGGACCUCCAGAUGUGAAAGCUUGUGAUUCAACAAAAAGGGUAAAAAAUGAAGGAAAAAGAGCUCCACCAACUGAAAAUGUCACUAAAGUUGGCAGUAAAGAAGGAAAAAUUCCACAUGGUACUGGCACAGACAAACAAGUACUACGUGAGCAGAUAAGAAAUAUGCUUGUCAAUGCUGGCUGGACGAUUGAUUAUAGGCCAAGAAGAAACAGAGACUAUCUAGAUGCAGUUUACAUUAACCCCAGUGGGACAGCAUAUUGGUCGAUCAUUAAGGCUUAUGAUGCGCUUCAAAAGCAGUUGGAGGAAGAAGGUGAUAAUACCAAACUUGGCUGGAAAGUAUCAGAUGACUUGCUCAAUAAAUUAACGAGACAAACCCGAAAGAAGAUGGAGAAGGAAAUGAAGAAGAAGAGAAGAGAUGAUGGUCGGAGAAAGAAUGCAAAGGAAGCUGCUCGGAAAAAGCCUACGGAGGGCAUGGACAGCGAUCAGCAUGAAGAGACACUUAGUGUUUAUAUGAAGCAGAAUGGCAAGUCAUUGAAAGGCAGAUUGCAGGAAGCAGAUCAUAUGUGUGGGGAUGAUUUGAAUGAUAAUCUUUACAAAACAACAUUCCAGCAAAACAGGGCUGAAAAACCAUCUACUUCAACUGAUUCUCAUACGAUUCAACAGAGAAAAAGCAGAAUAUUAGGCAGAUGCACUUUGUUGGUUCGCAGUUCUGACAAGGGACAAAAUCCUGAAACUGAAGGUUAUGUUCCAUAUACUGGAAAGCGAACCUUAUUGUCCUGGUUGAUUGACUCUGGAACAGCAAAAUUGAGUGAAAAAGUGCAGUAUAUGAACCGCAGACAAACAAAAGUAAUGCUGGAGGGAUGGAUCACAAGAGAUGGCAUCCACUGUGGUUGCUGUAGUAAAAUCCUUACGGUUUCGAAGUUCGAGAUUCAUGCUGGUACCAAAAAGGGUCAGCCAUACCAGAACAUAAUUUUGGAGUCCGGGACUUCCCUGUUGCAGUGUCAGAUAGAUGCAUGGAAUAGACAGGAGGAUUCCGAACGCCAAGGUUGUCACUUUGUAGAUGUUGAUGGUGAUGAUCCAGAUGACGAUACUUGUGGCAUUUGUGGUGAUGGUGGGGAUUUGAUCUGUUGUGAUGGUUGUCCAUCAACAUUUCAUCAGAGUUGUCUAGAUAUACAGAUGCUUCCACCUGGUGAUUGGCACUGUCCAAAUUGUACAUGCAAAUUUUGUGAGACUGCUGGUGGGAGUGAGCCUGAAGAAAGUAAUAGAACUGUCGGGUCACUUCUCACAUGCGGCCUUUGUGAGAAAAAAUAUCACGAAUUUUGCUGUCAGAAGAGGGAUUCUCUACCUGCUGAUCCCAAUAACGCAUCCACUUCCUUUUGUGGCAAGAAGUGCCAAGAGCUGUUUGACCGUUUGCAGAAUCUUCUUGGGAUCAAACAGGAAUUGGAAGCAGGAUUCUCAUGGUCUCUCAUUCAUCGAACAGAUCUAGACUUUGAUGCAUCGCACCGUGCAUUUCCUCAACGUGUGGAAUGCAAUUCUAAGCUUGCUGUUGCACUGUCUGUCAUGGAUGAGUGUUUUUUGCCAAUUGUUGACAGGAGGAGUGGGAUCAAUUUGAUUCAUAGUGUUCUCUAUAAUUGUGGAUCAAACUUCAGUCGGUUGAAUUAUAGUGGCUUUUAUACAGCAAUUUUGGAGAGGGGUGACGAAAUAAUAUCUGCAGCAUCCAUCAGGAUCCAUGGGACUCAUCUAGCGGAGAUGCCAUUCAUUGGGACCCGCAAUGUAUAUAGACGCCAAGGGAUGUGCCGUCGGCUAUUGUGUGCUGUUGAAAUGGCCCUUGGGUUUCUCAAAGUUGAAAGAUUGAUUAUUCCUGCUAUUGCUGAACACAUGCAUACUUGGACUGUGGUUUUCGGUUUCCAUCCUCUCGAGGAACCAGACAAACAAGAAAUCAAGUCAAUGAACAUGUUGGUGUUUCCCGGCACAGAUAUGUUACAGAAGCGGCUAGUGAAACAAGAAGUCGCUGGAAACAUAGUUGCCAACUCAGCUACAAAGACCAUUGAAUUGAAAGAAAAUCUUCCGUUGCACGAUAUGAUGAAAAAAUCUGACAUGGAAUCCUCUGCCAGGCAUGGUUGCCACAGACGUGAUGAUGCCGGGUUGCACCAUUUAACUAAUAACAAUGACAGUAAUGUAAUGAUUAGUUCCUUAGAUGCUUCUUGUGAAUCUAAACUUCAAUUCUCUAGCAAGGAGACUAUUUCCAUCAGAUCUCAGUCAGUGAACAAGCAAUCCGAAUCCACUGCUGACUUAAAGUGCAUCUCUCCCUCCGGUACAAGUUCUGCCAUUCUUGAGAUGGAAACCCCUGGGUUAGAUCCUCUGGUUAGAGAUGAUAUUCAGUCUUCUGCAGAGGUUGUCAUGGGUGAUGCUCAUGAAGCAAAUGCCAAAGCUUCUUGUGUGGGACCUGUUGAUUCUUUAGGCGGAACUUCUGCAAGGAGCACAGCUGAGGAGGCCAAUGGAAACCAGAAUCCUCUUUCUGGUUCUACUUUCUGUACUGCUGCUGAGAGUACCAAGCAAUUUACCUUUGAUUCGGAUCAUCAGGGUGCAGUUGAAAUGGAAAGCAAGUUGCAUAAUAUUCAGUCUUCUGUGGAGGGUCCUGAGGGUGGUGCUCGUGUAGUGAAUGUGAAAGAUGCUCGUGUUGAACCUAUAACUAGAUCUUUGUUAGAAAUUUCUGGACAGAGUACUACAGAAAAAGUUAAUGAAAAGCAAAAUUCUGCUCAUAUGGAAAAUGAAUUACACGAGUCUUCAGAACUUGUUUCUGAUGUUGAAGUUGCUUCUAAUGCAAAACCUCGAAUUGAAUGUAACACCCAGUCUUCUGCUGUGAGUGAUGUGGAUGAUGGUUGCAAAGGCCACAUCAAAGAAGAUUAUAUUGAACCAGCUCUUAACCCUGUAGAAGAUAUUUCUGCACAGAAUACUACCGAAGAAAUCAAAGAAAAUGAGAAUCCUGUUUCUGCCUCUAGUUUUUGUGGUACUGAUGAAGCUACCAUGACAUCUAACUCUGAUCUGAAACAUCUUAGUCCAGUUGAAGUGGAAAUUGAAUUACCUGUAGCUUCAGAAUUCGAUGAGAAACAGAAUCCUGUUUCUGUUCCUGCUUCUCAUGCUGCUGUUGAGAGUGCCAUGCAAUUCAAUGCUGAUUUAGAUUAGCAGGCUGUAGUGGGUGGUGAAAGCGAAUUAGUAGUGGUUCAUGAGGAAGUUGUCGCUACAGCUGAAAACAAUAUUGAGUCUAAUGAAGAUGGCGAGGUAGUUGACACUCAUGAAGUAGGUGUGAAAGUUGCUUGCGUGGGACAGGUUCUCGAUUCUUUUGGUGAAACUUCAGCAGAGAAUACUACAGGGGAAACCAAUGGGAAUCUGACGGAAUGUAGUAGUGUGUUCUGAUGACAGCUCCCUACAGUGUGAAAGAGACAUUCUUCAUCAGUCUUGCGAAAAUUGAGGUACUAAAACCUCUGUAGCAUCUACUGGCUUAUGCUUCUUUUUGAAAUGAUCUUGACACAGAUAGCGAGGGUUCUGCUUCUGCUAUGCAGUCAGCACCACUAUAAUACUGUGUAUUAAAGGGCACUCCAUUGUGAUGCCAUACGUGAUUAUUAGGAGGAAAACAAGAGCCUGCUCUACAUCUAUGUUCGAUUUUCACGGUUCAGGUCCAAGCUGGUGCAUCAUGAUUAUCUGUUCUCUGCGCUUCCAAAAAGUUAUGUGCCUUCAAUGUCCCCGGGAUGUUUUCAAAGUCUAAACAGAAAUCGCCUGCCUUUUUAGCUUAUCUCCAACUGUUGCCAACAAUUUUGUGAAUCAUGGUGACUUUGUGUGUGAAUACUCUCAUACAGCUUCGCUUAUGUACAUAUCUAGAUUUGAGUUUUCUUCGUGAGUUUCAUUUAGCAUUUUGUAGUUCAUCAUUGAAAUCAUAGUUUAGUCAUCAUAUAUAAUAGGUCAAUGCCAGUGAUUUGUGUGGCUAUGUCAUGCUUAUUCUUUAGAGUCGGUUUUAAUCUCUCUAAUCAUCAAAUGUGGUUGUCGUGAACCCGAUAUUCUCAAUGGUAUCUUCUUUUUCUAUUCUGAG